ACUCUUGAAGUGAACGGACGUGUAUUUCUUCGCUGCGGCAAAAAAAUUACUGCGAGCGCCCAACGAAAACUUACCAAUAGAUAAAAAAAACAAAACGAUAAAUCGGUAAAUUCGGCAGAAAAAGAAAUACAAAGUACAUUCAAUGCAAUAGAUUUUCUACGUAAUUUGUUGCUCAGGUGAAUAAAAAGCAUAAUACUUGUGAAGAGUCAAAUUUUAAAGUGCGCGCGUGUUUUUUAAUAAAAAUCUACAAAUAUACAAAAAAAAAUAUGUUAAGCAAAUUAUAACGGUGCGCGUGUGCGGUAAAAACAAAAGUAAUAACAAAUACCAAGUUAUAAUAAUAGUAAUAAUAAUAAAAGACAAUCAGAGCAUUUAUAAGCUUGUGAGAGCUUCACGUGCAGAGCAUAAGAAGAAAUCGUGAUAAAAACACAGACACAACGCAGAGCAGAAGCAUCAGUAUUUCUUCUUCUUCUCCAUAUUCCUUGCUGUUGUUGUUGUUCUUGUAUGCACGCUCAUCGUGUGUGUUCUCCAACAGCAGCAUCCGCAGCUAGCAGCAGCAGCAGCAGCAACAAAAACAAACGAGCAAUUUUCGUGCGUCGCCGUCGACGACGCCGCUGCUGCCGGCUGCUGCAAUUAUGUGUAGCAGCAGCGACGUUUUAAAUAAAAGGUAGACAGCAGCAACACAGUCUCUUGCCUGCAAUUAAUGUACACGGCAUUUUUUGUUUUGCAUACAUAAAUAACAACAACAACAACAGCUACGAGCAGAAUUUGUGUGUUUGCCGGCAGAGAGACCGACGCCGCCCCAAAAGGUCGUUGGCGCUAAGGUCACAGUCGCAGUCGCAGUCAACGUUAGCUGCACAACAACAACAAAUAAAUCUUCAAUGCGCGAGUGUUAAAACGUAAAUUCAACGAUAAGAAGCAGCAGGAGCAAAACUUUCGCAGAAGCAGAACAGCAGCAGCUUUAAAAUCGAAUGUGUGGCCAGAACAACAUGUUAAGCAAGGGCAAAGGAGCUGCCUCGAAGCAGGAGGGAAAUAAAUGUGAAUGCGCAUAACAUUGAAAACUAACGACAAAGCAUUUAAAACAAUACGCAAGGAAAUUGCAAACGCUUCAACACAGCUUGUGAGAACGCAUUUAGCACGUGACGCGACGCCAUUUUGUAACAGUAAUUGACACACACACACACACAGACACUCACAGACGGAUUCACACAUUCAAAAUGGCCGUUAGCAAUAUUGUUUGCGAAUGGCUUCGCGCCCUUGGCCUCGCUCAAUAUGCGGAAAGCUUUCUCGACAAUGGCUACGACGAUCUGGAGAUAUGCAAGCAAGUCGGUGAUCCAGAUCUCGAUGCAAUUGGCGUCGACAAUCCCUCGCAUCGUCAUAAGCUCCUAAAGAGCAUUCGCUCGUUGCGUGAAAAGGGCGCUGCAUCCGUUUACUUCAUGCUAAACGAUCCGAACUCGUUGUCGGGCAGCAUGGAGAUAUUGUGUGAGACGCCGCCCAGCCAUGAACUGGAACUGGUGCUAGCCGAGCAGCUGGAGACGGACGGAGUGCGUCUGACAGCGCAUCCAUAUUCAACACCGGACGGACAACGCGGCCAUUUAGAGGGUCUGGCAUCGGUCUAUUGUGAAUUGUUAAUGGCUCCCUUUGGAGAUAUUUUAAGUGCUUUAGAAAAUGCUAGACAAGCAGCUUGGGCGGAACGCAGUCCGCUUCAUCCCGCCGGCGGCAGCAGCGGCGGCGCCAGCGGCAGCGGUGGCAGCGGCCUCAGCGGCAGCGCUGGCUGUGGCAUUGCCAGCGGCAGUGGCAUGCAACAGCGCCUGCAGCAUGGCCAUCGCGGUCAUUCGACGCACGGCGCCGGUCUGCCAAAUAGUCAUAGCCAGCCCAUUUAUGUGCCAGGAAAGUACUCGCCCUCCAGCUGCUUGUCCGACAAGGAAGAGGACGAAAUCUAUGGCUUUGGCUAUGGCGUGUUUGCGCCGCGAGUGGCACGCGGCGGUUUGACACAGCAGCAGCAUCUGUUGCAGCAGCAAACAUUGCAGACGCAGCAGAGCAUACAGCAGCAACAGCUGCAGCAACAACAGCAGCAGCAGCAACAACAACAUCACCAGCAGCAGCAACAUUUACCAAUUGUGCCAGGACAACAGGCGGCAGGACAGGCCGGAGUUGGACCACAUCAGCAUCAAACACUCCCGCCAAAUGUAGCGCAUUUGAAUUUUGUGCAACAAAACUGCCUGAGUCCACGCUCCGCAUAUUUCUAUGAAUUCCCACCGACAGCAGAGGGUCGCGAGACAAAGAAGCGCACAACAUUGGCGCGUCUCUUGAAAGGCUUAAAAACUGUCAAUCGAAGGGAUCGCAACAAUCAACAGAAUGGCGCACAAGCUAGGGCAGCCAACGAUCGUCUGAGGCACUUUCAAAUGAUAAACGGCGGCGCUGGUGUGCCACAACAGAGUUUCGAGGAGACAAUCCAUAGGUUAAAAGUACAAGAAGCAAUGCGCAAAAAGGAAAAGUUUCAACGUGAACAUGAAGAGAUCUUGCGGGACAUACGCCAAGGACUGCUGCAAAUGAGUCGAGGCGAGGGACGAACGGUCUAUCCCUUUGCAGAUGACACUUAUAUGUACGAUGAGGCGCUGCGCAAUGGACCUGGUGUUGGUAUUGGAGUCGGAGCUGGUGGCAUUCCCGUUGGUGGCGCCGCACAUUAUGCGGUUAGUGCGCUGCACCAUCAAGGUCAUUGGUACGAUGAACCGCCCUACGAAAGCGAUCCCGAUGAUUUUCUCAUGGCCGGACUCAAUUGUGGACCAGCGGCAACAAUACAGGGUGGCCGUGUGCGCUUCUCGAACAACCGCGAGAGUACGGGCGUAAUUUCAUUAAGAUCCGCCGGAGAUAUUUCACUGCCACAACGCGGACCGCCGCGACGAGGGCUUAUCGUGCCACAGCAGCCGCCAAAUCCGCCGACAAUAAUACCCUUAACGCACGCCAGAUCCCAUGAUCGUGAGAGUGGCGACUAUGCGGGCUCCAUAUCGGAUUUACAAAGCGUUACCUCCAGGCUGAGCACUGUUUCGAUUGGCACCAACAAUUGUACAGCACGUUACCGCACGCUUAGCGGCGGCAUCGGUGAAUCGCCAUCGCUGUCGCCGAGUCCAUCAUCCGAUUACGAGGACAUUGGCGCCACACGGCAUGGAUUGCCGCCCAGUCUUGUCGCGAAGGCCAAAAAGAAUGGGCUGCCACACAAGGCGAAUACCAUUUGCCAGAAGGCCAUGGUGCAUCAUUCGAACGAGAUGCGUAGCUCGCCAAAGGAAAUUGGCGCAUUUAAUGAGAAUGGACGAAACUUUGUUGCCACAAAGGAUACAUCGAGGGAUUUCAGCAAUUCCCAAGAUAAUACCGACCGUGGCAGCAUGAGCGAUCAGGCGUUUGCAUGUUCCGCCAGUUCCGUUGAAAGUUUGCCCAGCGCUUCCGGUUCAAGCACACAAGCUCUGGUGCGUCCGGGCAGUCCGCAUAGCUCCAUUUCGGCAGAGGAUCGCAGCUCGCUGGCCACCAUCUGCAAGGCGAAAGCACUUGUCGACAGCCUGCCCAAUCCCUACGACAAGGACGCACUAAAAUUCAAGAAGGGCGAACUCAUCGAUGUGCUGUCGAUGAAUGCCUCGGGCAUUUGGAAGGGUCGCUGUCACGGUCGUGUGGGCCACUUCAAGUUCAUCAACGUUGAGGUGCUGCCGGAACAACGCAUGAAGAACUCCAGCAGCAAAACGUUGGCUCCCGCCUCUCGCCUGGCCAACAAUGGCGGUGUCAAUAGCGGACCGAGUUCGGUGGAGGAUCUGCUGAUGCGUAUUGGACUCAAGGAGUACACGUCGGUGUUUGUGCUCAACGGCUACGAGGAUCUCGAACUGUUCAAGGAACUCGAACCGGCCGAUUUGGAUUAUUUGGGCAUCUUGAGUCAGGAGCAUCGCGCCAAGCUGUUGACCGCAGUGCAGCUGUUGCAUGACAUUGAAUCUACAAAUUUCGCACGCACAGGCUCCGAUGUGGACAUUGCCGGCUCCAGCUCUGAGAACGAUGAAGCACGACUCAAUAAUAUCAACAAGAAGCACGGCGCUUCACCCUUUGGCCGGCGGCAUUUCCCUCGCGACUCUGGCUGCUAUGAAGGCUCUCCAUUGCCCAGCUCACAGACUCCAACGCAGGCGGUGAACUCCACGGACGAAUCGAAUAGCCUGGACGAUGUGGUGUCCAAGUGCUCGAGUGAGAUAAUGAAGCGUGUGGAGAGCGCAAGACGAUGCAAGGACAAUCCAUUUAAGGCCACGCUGCCGGCGCGUGUGGGCAAGAAGUCCUUUCUUGGCGGCGGCGGACUUAUGGGCGACGAUACGCUCACACGUGGCGGACUCAGUGAGAAGUCGAGCGAUUCGGGGGUCAGCAGCAGUUCGCUAUCGUCGGGUCCGCUGAAGAGCAGCACUUAACAUUUGCCAACCAUACUCGCCCACGAGCUGUUGCUUGGCGUUGGCGGCCAGUUCGCUGGCAGCGGCGGCGUCGGCGGCGGCAGCGUCGUGGGUGGAGGCGCCACCUCCCCAACCACCUCGGUUGCCUCCGCCAGCAUUGCUGUUGGCGUUGGCAGCCAUUCGAGCAGCAGCAGCAGCAGCGGCAUAAAUGCCAAUGCACCGCUUGGCAACAUUUGCAACACACUGCCGCAUGCCCCGUGCUCAGCAUCAGGCAGCAACAGCAGCGGAAGCGGAAGUGGAAGCGGAAGUAGCUCAGCGCUCGGUUUAGCCAACAAUCAUGUGCCGCUCAAUCGUAAUAUGGUCAUGUUGCGCAAUCAUUUGCGCAAAAAUACCAGCGGCAAUGCCAGCCAAAUGUUGCACGACGACAACAACAAGGAUCAAUAACAACCCAUUUAUUACAUACAGAUCUUAGUUUAACUAUUAUAAUAAUAAUAAUGAUAAUACUAUACAAAAUAUUUGCGUUAGAUUGUAUGUAUUUCAAUUGCUGUGAUUCGAUAGUGAAAAAAAAGGCCAAGUCGCGUCUUUCAGUUCAAAUGUAUAGUGUGUAUAGAGACAGAAUAGAUAGACAACCGACAGACAGUGAGAUUAGAAAGAGAAAGAGAGAUAGAGAUAGAGAGAGAGAGAAGUAGAGAUAAUGUGGGACAAGAUAGAGAAGUGCAGUCAGAGAUAGUCAGUCAAUCCUUCCUCCGAUAAUGUUGGCAUUUAUAUAUACCUAUAUCUACACUUAUAUAUAUUUAUAGAGUUGAUGACAAAGAACAGAGGGAAAGAGAUAAAGAGAGAGAGAGAGAGAUAGAGAGAGAGAGCUAUAUAUAUGUAUACUUAAUCAAAUCGUUUAACUAUUUUUAGUUAGCCUCAACUAUUAUUUGCCAUUUGCCUAUUGUUUUUAUUGCUAUAUAUGUAUGUGUAUUUCGCAACGUGAUAUUGUCAGACGUCCAACUUGAAUUGCAGUUUUUAAAAUAAUUUAAAUGUAAACUGAACAAAUAUUACAAACUUAACGAAGAGAACUCAAGUUGAUUCCUAUAUUAAAUAGCACAAACAGUGCAAGCAAUAGACCAAUUACAAUUUUAACACAACAAAAUAUUUACACACAAAUUGCCAAUUAAAUUACAAUUUUUAACUAUUUCUACUUAUCUCGAAUCAUUUCACAUUGUGUUCAACUUUUAAACUAUUGUUAAAAAUAAAAACAAAAAAACAAAUACAUAAAAACAUUAUAAAACAAAAAAUGAAGCAAGAAAAUCCGUCAAAAUUGUAAAUUUGCAAAAUCAGCUUAAAGAAAGAAAAUUGUAUGCUAAGCAAUAUAUUUGAAAUCGUAGACUCCGUGCAAACGAAUUGUAAAUAACUAGAAACUAUUUGACACUGGAGUAUGUGUAUUUAUGCCAUAUAAUUAACGAUAAUUAUUUUAAAACAAAAUACAAUUAAGUAUAUGCAUAAAUAUAUUUAUAUAAAUAGUAUAUAUUUAUUUAACUAUUUAGCAAUAAUCAAAAAAAAAAGAAGGACAAUGAAAUUAGUCAGAAACGGCGGCAUCACAAUGAAAGUUUUUUUUAUUGAUUUCACAUUAACCAGUUGAACAAUUAGUUAAAUAAAUAACUACUUUAAUCAAGAGCAAGCACAAAAAAUAUAUAAUAUAUAUUGUAUAAUUCAUAUAUAUAUAUAGAAAUAUCAGACAAGGAAAUACCAAUUGACAAGUUAGUGUACAUUUUUUGAAGAGGAGAAGUAGAAAGCCGAGAAAUAAUUCCAAAAUGCUUUUUUCUCAUUAAUAAGACAUCAGACACAUAUUACAAAUAUUCAUAUAUAAUUACAAUUAAAUUUAAUCGAUGAAAAAAAAACGCAAAGAGAAAGAAAUUUAAAUAAAAUUAAACAGUUAAUCAAGAAAUUAAUGCGCACGUGUUAAAAAACCAGAGGGUAAAUUUAUUCUAAUGUAGGCAUUUUGAAUUUUUAUUUAUCUAAAAACUACGAUUAAGUGUUUCAACUGUAAAUUAUAAUAGCAAUUUAACACACAAUGCAGAAAUACAAUGCACAACAAACAUGCAACAUGGCAGCAUGCAACAUGUGGCAUGCAGCCUGCAGCAUGUGCCAACAGUUUCCAUUUAUCACUGUAAAAUUAUGUAAUUAAAUCGAAUAUGUAAGCAAUAUUAAAGUUUAAAUAUUACGAAACAAGAAAAAAAAACAAAACAAAAUACCUAUGGCAUCACACUGCAGUUUCAGGCAACAAAGUAAAUUAUUAUAAAUUUCAUUAGAACACCAAAAAGAAAAA